UAUGACUGAAUUUGUUGGACUGAUUAAAGUAAAUGUGGUCAGAGGCACGAAUCUUGCUAUCCGAGAUAUGGUAUCUAGUGAUCCAUAAGUCAUCCAUCCUCUGUUUGGGACAACAAUCAGUGAAGAAUCGUGUUAUAAAGAACAACCUGAAUCCAGUCUGGAAUGAAAAGCUGAUGCUGUCAAUUCCUGACUGUGUGCCACCCUUAAAGUUGGUGAGUUUUUUGUGGAGGAACUACAAUGAAUAAAACUUAUACCAUUAAAUUUACAGCACACAUGUUGUAAUUUGACUGCUCAUAGCAUCUUACUCCAUAUUAUAGUGUCUCAAAGCAGUUUCACUUUCAAGUCUAUCAAGCAAAAUGUCUUUUGGGUACUCCCUAUAUCCAGUCAUGUAAUUAUAACUAGCUUGAAAAAUAAAAAAAAGCAUGUAUAAUUAGCUUGAAAUGGUCAAAUUCGUCGAAGUCACUUAAUGUUUAUUGCUUGAGUGAAGUUCCAUUGAUUGUUAGGAUUGUUGUAUGACUUGUAUUAACUACUGUAUAGAAUCCCAUGGUGAGAAUGAUCAUCUACUGCAUUAACUUGAUCUUCCUCCGCCUUUUUCAACUCGUAACGUUGAACUUCGAUUGCAAAAUGGUCAAAGAUAUCUUCAAUGUUAUAAGCUAAAUCUUGGAGAAUUGAGCCAUAACUUGACAGGCUUACUGUGAAACUGCUGCAGCUCAGCAUCUUCCAGCAGAGCUUCCAGCCUACUCCUAGUAAGUUGUAUCUUCCAUUUCUUGAUUGUUUUCGGCAGAUCAACUCCACCAACCAUCUUCAAGAAUUGGCUUCCUCCGGUUGACAACAGCUUCUCAAACAACACUUGCAGAAAUGCAGACCUCGCCAAUGGCCAUCCUUGAUUGGCUACUAGCAAAAUUUGAUUUUUAUUUUGUUUAUGAUUUAGCAAAAUCUAGUGAUUGUAAAUGAAAUGAUUGGUUUAUCUUUGUCUGGGAUUGGUGGGAAAUGAAUUAUUGAUAGCAGGAUUAACGGUAGUAGAUAGUUGUAAAGUGACCAAAUUCUAAAUGGGUGUACUCACAAAGGACCAAUUAUUAGUAGUACUGUCAAAAACCAAACCGAACCGAUUCAACCGAUCCGAAUGAGAACCGAACCGAUUAAAAACCGAAAACCGACCCGAACCGCAUUUUAGUAAACCCGAAACUGGAGGAAACAAGCAAAUGGAAGACAUAGGCCAUGAUUAUUUUCAUGAUCUAGUAUCAAGAUCAUUUUUUGAACCGAGCAUAAAGGGAUCAGAAUAUUUCAAAAUGCACAGCCUACAAAGUGAUUUGGCUCGAGAGGUUGCAGGUAAAUUAUGCUUAGCAAUAAAGGAUUGUUCAGUUAAUAAAGAUUGGUCGAAGGCCUCUUGUAGAGCUCGACAUAUAUCCUUCGCUAAACUAGAUGAGCCUGACAGAUGCGAUGAUAUGUUUUCCUUAAAGGAAUGUUUCAAUGCAUGAGGGUGCUACUGCUACCUCACAUGGAAUUUACAAUAUUUCCAGAAUCCAUAGGCGAUCUUAAGCUCUUACGGCUUCUCAAUCUCUCAUACAAUAAUAUUGAAGAAUUGCCUGAUUCCUUAAGCAACCUUGUUAAUCUCCAAACUCUGCUGUUGAAAGGUUGUGACAAACUUCAAAAGCUGUUGGAAAAUAUGAGAUGCUUAAUCAACCUUCGCCAUGUGGAUAUUGAUGGCACCUCUGUUCGUGAGAUGCCGUUGGGGAUUGGGAAUCUGACGAACCUGCAAACAUUGAACAAUUUUAUCAUAGGAGCAAAUGCACCCAUUAUAAGAGAUUUGAAGAAUUUGAAUCAUCUUAGGGGAAAGCUAACUAUAACUGGCUUAGAAAAUGUGUUAAGCUCCAAUGACGCAAGAGAAGCAAGGCUGCAUCAGAAAUCAGGUCUUCAUGAGCUAGAGAUGGUAUGGGAUUGGGGAAACUUUAUUAACGGGGUUGAUGACAACACUAGAAUAGAUGUGCUUGAUCAGUUGGAGCCUCACAAAUCUAUCAAAGUGUUAACUUUGCGGAACUACAAGGGUGUGGCGUUCCCAAGAUGGUUGGGAGACCCUUCUUUUACUAAGAUGGUUAUUAUAAAGCUAGUAGGUUGUGAGAGAUGUGAAUCUUUACCACCACUAGGGAAGCUGCCAUCAUUGAAGGAGCUUGAGGUUCAAGAAAUGCGAGGUCUUAAAGUUGUAGGUUAUGAUUUUCAUGGUGUUAGCUGUUCAAAUCCAUUUCCGACAUUAAGAACUCUGAGGUUUAAGUCUAUGACUUCUUGGGAGAGUUGGUUACAGUCAUCAGCUGAUAACAGGGGAUUCUCUUGCCUUCAAGAGCUUUCAAUCAAGGAUUGUUCAUCUCUACAGCAAUCUUUACCUUCAUGUCUCCCUUUGCUACACACACUUGAGAUACAACGUUGCAAGCAACUGUAUGACUCUCUUCCAAGCCUCCCUCGACUCCAAACGUUGAUAAUAGAUGAUUGUUCAUCCCUUGUCAAGGUUGAUCAGCUACCUUUGACCCUUCGGCAAUUAGUUAUCUCUAGUUGCCAGAAACUACAGUUCGUGGAAUUCAGGGAAUCAUAUUCUUCUUAUGAUGAAAAACUUACUCUGGAGGUUCUGGAGGUUGUCAAUUGCCAAUCUCUGUUAACAUUGCUGAGUAAAGAUCGCCUCAAAACCCUUGAAGCUCAUAGUUCUUUUCCCACUUUAGGAUUAACAGAAAGAGGAAAUAUUUCUUCUUCUGAUCUUUCACUAUUUGAAGAAGGUUUGAGUCCAUCAAAACUUGCUAACCUCACCAAGUUAACAAUAAGUGAAUGUCCCUAUCUCAUCUCAUUUCCGGAAGAUCUUGUUCUCCCUGGCCUACGAAAUCUUCUGAUAUCAGUUUGUCGAAACCUAGAGUCCUUCCCAAAUCAAAUGCAUAACUUCACUUCCCUCCAAGACCUGACUCUUACAAACUGUCCAAAAAUCCACUACUUUCCAAAAGGCGGUCUACCCAUGAACUUGCUUUCUCUCUACAUGGAUGGACUCAACAUUGAACAACCAAUGCAAAAAUGGGAGUUGCACAACCUUAAUUCUCUUGAAAAGCUCUCAAUAUCCGAUAUUGGGUGCUCUUCAAAUUCAAUAUACUCCUUCCCAAAUGAGGAUAUUCGUCUGCCCUCAUCAUUGACCGGAUUAGCCAUCAGUGGUUUCAUUAAUAUGAAAUCAGUAUCUUGCUUAAGUAUUCUAAAUCUCACUUCCCUCUAUGUUAGGGGAUGUCCAAAACUUGAAUGUUUUGUUGAUAAUUGUCUUCCUCCUGAACUUAAAGAAUUAUGGGUUGUUCAGUGUCCUGUGCUGAAACGUCGAAUGGAUAGGGAUCCUCUUCGUCACACUCUAUCGUGCAUUACUCAUCUCCGUUUUUGCUAGUCUUUUGCAGUCCCUGUAAUGAUAAGGUGAUACCAUGUGAAUAUAUGACUAUCAUACAUCCCAACUAUGCACUUUUUUUCAA